CGGGCUGACUAUAGUUCGGUGUGUGAUUACAAGGGCUUCGCUGAGAAAGAAAAGAAAAACACCCAGUAGUGUAAAAAAAAAGCGCUAUAUAAAUAUAACAUUCACUCAUUCACACGCGCGUGUUGUGUACAUUCUCUUCACACACACUCCGCGCGGUGCUUCGAAGCAUUAUAACCGAAACCGGUCCAGCUCAAGCAGUCUCAACAAACGCGUGAAACUCGACGGACAGGACAGGACGGAACAAGCGGACAAAUCAAACACGAUGCAGCAUCCCUUGACGGGCGGAACGUGCGUAGCCCUGCCGAACGUGGACAUGUGUCCGCAGCUCUCCUGUGCCUUGACUUUCAUGUACUUACAGCAGGGUAAUCAGGACGCCCCAGCACCCCCAGAAACCAUGGCCCAGCCUUACCCAUCAGCCCAGUUUGCUCCCCCUCAGAACGGCAUUCCUGCAGAAUACACAACGUCCCACCCCCACCCGACUCCAGACUACCCGGGUCAGACCCCCGUGGCAGAGCACACGCUGAACAUGUACCCCCCUGCGCAGACGCACAGUGAGCCCAGCGGGUCAGACAGCAGCGUACAGGCAGUCUCCGGCACAGCCACACAGACAGAAGAUUCAGCACAGACAGACAGCCAACAGCAAACACAGUUAUCCGAAAACACAGAAAACAAAACGCAGCCCAAGAGGCUCCACGUCUCCAACAUCCCCUUCAGGUUCAGAGAUCCAGACCUCAGGCAAAUGUUUGGCCAAUUUGGUAAAAUCUUAGAUGUUGAAAUCAUAUUUAAUGAGCGAGGAUCAAAGGGUUUUGGUUUCGUAACUUUCGAAAAUAGUGGCGAUGCGGACAGGGCCAGAGAGAAAUUACACGGCACGGUGGUAGAAGGUCGUAAAAUAGAGGUCAACAAUGCAACAGCACGGGUAAUGACAAAUAAAAAGACCAUCAACCCAUAUGCAAAUGGCUGGAAAUUGAAUCCAGUCGUGGGUGCAGUCUACAGCCCAGAAUUCUAUGCAGUGCCAGGCUUCCCAUACCCAGCAGCCACAGCGGCAGCGGCGGCGGCGUACAGAGGAGCACACUUACGAGGAAGAGGUCGUACCGUCUACAAUACGUUUCGAGCAGCCGCUCCUCCCCCACACAUCCCAGCCUAUGGAGGUGUUGUUUACCAGGAUGGAUUUUAUAGUGCAGAUAUUUAUGGUGGUUACGCUGCCUACCGAUACGCUCAGCCUGCUACUGCUACUGCCGCUGCCUACAGUGACAGAAAUCAUUUCGUCUUCGUUGCAGCAGAUGAAAUUUCUUGUAACACCUCCUCAGUUUCGGACGAGUUUAUGCUGCCGACCCCUACAACCACGCACUUGCUCCAGCAGCCACAUACAGCGUUGGUGCCAUGAAUCCUUUUGCUCCAUUGACUGAUGCCAAGACCAGAAGCCACGCCGAUGAUGUGGGUCUCGUUCUUUCUUCUUUGCAGGCUAGUAUAUACAGAGGUGGAUACAGUCGUUUCGCACCAUACUAACAAACCUAUCAAAACCUAUUGAGAAUCUUCCUGUGGGGGUAAAAGAGGAGUAAUUCAGAGGCCUGGGUAUUGCAAUACAUGCAGUAGUGCAUCAUUUUAGCAUCUCUUAAGAGAGAGAAGACAAAAACGGAUAUUUUUCAUCUUAUACCUCAGAUAUUUUGUGCUGUGUAUUUUAAAAUUGUGGGUUUUUAAUUUCAAAGAUUACAUAGAUUGUCGGCUGUAGAGGUUUCUGUGGUGAUCUAGAGAGCUGCUAGAAAUUAAAAAGAUGAAAAAAAUGAGAUACAAAUUGUUAGGGCUUUAUCAUGUAAAUGAAUUAUGUAUGAUAAUAUUCUAGUCACUUUGGGGUUAUCAUAUUUUGUAAGAGUGUAAGUGACUAGAGUCAUCCAGUGGUUUCUGCUUUUGUUGACAUCAACUUUUGUCUUUCUUUGGUUGCUUUCAUUUCUGGGUUUCUGUGCCGUAGAGAAAGAGAAAGGGGGGUUGUGGGUAGGAAUAGAUAGGCAGACAUCUCUGUAGUGGGUGAAAGACUGGGCUGGCAGUAGACACAGAGCUGGUUAAAGAGACCACUGAGGUAUUGAUUAUUUAAAUUAUCUUAUAUCAGUCAUUACUCAAAGCCAAAGGUUAUGUUCCUGGGGUGUUUAAUGUGUAUAUUCCAAUUAUACAUAGCAGCUCGUAGAAACUCCCCAAAAAUUCACCAUGACACUAUUUUACUCUUUAACUAUUAUCUAGUCCUUAAGUCAGACCCUUACUAGUUUAGGCCUACCACAAUAUGUUCUUUUUAUAUAACAGUACUUCCAGUACGUUGAUUGAUAUAAAUGCUGAUUUUUAUAAUAUGGGAGAGAUGAUACAUGAAAAAAGAAAAAGAAAAAAGACGGCGACAGUAGCGCCGAUUAUAUUUUUUGCUUUGGUUUUCCUUUUGUUUUUCAGAAGUAAAGAAACUCUGAUUAUUUGUACAAGAUGAGAGUGGGAAAAAAUAAACUAACAGUGUAUUAAAUUUGAUCUGUGCAGUGGAAAUGUUCUCUUAUAUGAAAAACACAACUGUAUAAUGUUUUAGAUUUAGUGUGUUAGACCAACUGUUAGAGAAAGGUGUCUCAUUUUUUAUGGAAUCAUACACAGAUUUAUAUCAACACUUUACAAGUAAUGCAAUCAUUAUGUAUAUAUAAUCAUAGUAUUUUUGUCAACUGUACAAUUUUGCACACAAAACCUGCAAUUUUUUCAUCACUCUUCACUUGUGGGACGUUCCGUUGUCUGUUUCUUUUGGUUUCCCACUUCUUCUUUCAAGUGUUUCGUUUUGAUAUCAUUUUUAAUGAGACAUCCUUUGUACUAUUAUUUUCUAGAACACAGCCUUUACACUUUGAAACUGUUUGAUUAUCAAGAAAUUGAGAAAUAUAUGACUUGUGAAAAAGAUAUCUAUAUGUAAAUAGGAAUAAUGAUGAUAACUAUGUCAUUUACAAGUGCUACACAAACAAGCUGUCAAGGUGUUCUUGAAGAGUUGCAGCUUGGCUGUGCAUACGCGAAGACUUCCCUUCAUGUUGUUUACAAGUAUACCUAAUUAGAGGUGUUUGUCACAUAUCUCAUUUUUCUUUAUUUUGUAUUUAUAAAAGUUUAAUUGCGUGAAAUACAAACAAAAGAGCAGCUUCAGUUUAUCCAGCUGCAAAUAUCCUCUUGUGUACUAUGUGCGCUUCACGUCACACAAACUUGGCAAAAAUAUCUUACCCACUGCUGUGAUUCUGCUCUUUCUGCUUUAAGUAUGUGUUGUGGACAAGCUUUCUCCUUGUCAUUGUAUGUGCAUGCACUAUGAUCUGCAUAACAAUAACCAUCAAUAAAGUUUCUCAAGAUAA